AUGGACAAGGAGUUGAGAGACAAUUUGAAACAACAAAAAGAACAAGUUCCAAAAUGGGCUACUGACGAUUGGUGGAAAUUCAAAACUGAAGAAGAAAUUAUUCAAGAUCAUGAAAAGUCUCAAAAUUAUUACAAACACUAUUUUAAGGGACUGAGAGAAUUCUUUGAACAAAUGGAACAACACAAGUUGCGGUUGGAUCGAUUUGUUAUGGAUAAGAGAAUUGAAUACCUGAGAGGUGUCACAGAAAGAGUUUCCAAAUGGACUCAAUUACGAAACAUGAACGAGCCUCAAGAUUUGUAUCAAGUGUUUGAUAGGUUGGAGAAUUUUCGACAAGUAUUGACACAAGAAAUUAAUGUCAUGUCCGAGUUUAAAGAUCAUCCUCUCUUUUCGAACAAGAGAUUUGAGAACAGAAGUUACCAUAGUGAGUUUGAAUGUUGUGAUCAUCCUCACUUUUCGAACAGCAGUUACCAUAGCAGGUUUGAACGUUGUGAUGAAUAUAGUAUCAAGGACGCUUUGGCUAACUAUACAUGUGAUAGUUAUUCUAAGGAUCCCUUAGAACAAUAUUUGAACAGUAUUAACUACAAUCCAAGUUUGAUAUCUCGUGCAUUCUUAUCAACAUCGGAGAGCGAUAAACUAAAGGAGUUAAUCUUUACUGCUGUCAAUAAUUGUGACAGUUGGGAUCGUUCUUAG